UGGAGAGCGACGAAGGCAGCGAUGCGGCGCAACGAUGAAGAUGGUAACGAGAAGAGAGUGAGACCGGCAGAUAUGGGAGGAUCUCUACUAAAGAAGGAAGUCGCCCUUGGACACCGACUUGGACGUCCUUAUCAUCCUUCGCUACCUGCAAGACAAAAGGUGAACGUCGCCAGCCAUCCAUCUGAUGAUAGAACGACGUGAACGUAAAAACGAAAAAUUCCAAUCGUAGAGCCGUCAAUGGAGGAUCAGGCAAAUUUGAAUGAUGGACGCAGCAAUCUGAAGUGCACUUCUUCUGUACACGACGUGGCGGAGGAAAAACCUCCGUUCGGCUCCAGGUUCUUGACAGACGAUGCCGAGGUCUGGACUCAGAAUGCUUGGGACCAUGUCCCUCCUCCCGACGACCAGGACGAAAUCAUCGCCGCAUCGUUAACGAAACAACGUUCUGCUCCAGUUCCAGAGGAUGAUAAGCGCAAGUAUCAUGACAAGCCUGCAAAAUUCUGGGAUAAUUUUUACAAGGCCAAUUCGAGCAAUUUCUUCCGCGAUAGAAAGUGGCUACAUAAUGAAUUUCCUGAGCUAGUGGAAGCUACGCUGGCAAAGGCUGGCACUAAGACUAUCGUCGAGAUUGGAUGUGGUGCUGGAAACUCUGUAUUCCCCCUCUUAGCCUCGAAUCAAAAUCCCGACCUUUCAAUUUUUGCCUUUGACUAUGCUCACCAUGCCGUCAAACUUGUGCAGUCAAAUCCUCUAUACGAAUCACCUCCCAUGGGCUCCAUAACAGCGGCGCCCUGGGAUCUAUCCUCUGACAAACUUCCCAAAGUAGAACCUGGGAGCGUGGAUAUUGUAAUAAUGGUCUUCGUUCUCAGCGCUCUACAUCCGGAUGAAUGGCAUAACGCUCUAAAAAACAUGCAUACGAUGCUCAAACCCGGUGGUCUUGUCAUGUUCCGCGAUUACGGCCGUCACGACUUGACGCAACUGCGUUUCAAAGGUGGCCGUUUACUCGAUGACAAUUUUUACAUUCGGGGCGAUAAAACUCGCGUAUACUUCUUCGAACUAGACGAAUUAUCUCUUUUGUUCACCGGCUCCAGGAUACCAGAAAGCGAGCAUAGCGUCAAGAACACUGUUGAGGAUGAUAAUGGUCUUUCCGUCGAAACAGAUGUGGAUGCCCCAUCCGGCACUGAAACACCUGCAACGGCGGAUGUACCUGAGGACAUAAAGGCACCAUCAAUACACCCAAGCUUACUAUCAUCACACCCCUUGCCUCCCCUUUUCGCUACAGAGCAACUCGGGGUCGAUAGGCGCUUAAUCGUCAACCGGAAGCGCCAGAUCAAGAUGUACCGCGUCUGGAUGCAGGGCAAGUUCCGCAGACUUUAGCGGAACUCCUCAAUAUCUUUCUUCAUUACUUAUGUAAAGAAAGUACUCAGUAAUCCAUAAUACGUGGUUUUAAUCUUAGAAAAUAAUCGCGGCAA